GAAGGGGUAAGGAGAUUGCAAACUGGGUAAGAAAACCCUCUCACCUGUCAGCUCAAGGCUGUAAUCCUGGGCUUUUGCUCCUUUAAGCUUUGUUCUAUUUUCACUCCUUGGCUCCAGGGAGCAGUCCCCAUUGGCUGCGAGGGUUUAGUGAGAACUUGUAACACCAGUGGCCUGGCAUGCCCUGGAUUUGGGUGUGGGGGUGUGCGGCCCUUCUGUUCACCUCUACAAACAUUUCCCUGCACUAUCUGAUUUAUCAGGCCCUCCUUAGCUCAGCUCUCGAGGACUCCAGCCUCUGAGCAAGGAGGCCCAGUUUUGGAAAGCCAAGCUGCUCUUGCACUGGGGGCAGUGGGGAACAGGACCCGUGCACCUGGGCCUUGGCCUCCUGUGCGCCUGGGCGAUGGGCAAUGUGAUGGAUGGCAAGUCUGUGGAGGAGCUGAGCAGCACUGAGUGCCACCAGUGGUACAAGAAGUUCAUGACCGAGUGCCCCUCCGGCCAGCUCACCCUCUAUGAGUUCCGCCAGUUCUUUGGCCUCAAGAACCUGAGCCCAUCAGCCAGCCGGUAUGUGGAGCAGAUGUUUGAGACCUUUGACUUCAACAAAGACGGCUACAUCGACUUCAUGGAGUACGUGGCAGCGCUCAGCCUGGUCCUCAAGGGGAAAGUGGAACAGAAGCUGCGCUGGUACUUCAAGCUCUACGACGUCGACGGCAAUGGCUGCAUAGACCGCGACGAGCUGCUCACCAUCAUCCGGGCCAUCCGAGCCAUCAACCCCUGCAGCGACUCGACCAUGAGUGCAGAGGAGUUCACCGAUACAGUGUUCUCCAAGAUUGAUGUCAAUGGGGAUGGGGAACUCUCCCUGGAGGAGUUCAUUGAGGGCGUGCAGAAGGACCAGAUGCUCCUGGACACACUGACGCGAAGCCUGGACCUCACCCGCAUUGUGCGCAGACUCCAGAAUGGCGAGCAAGAUGAGGAGGGGGCUGGCGGUGGGGCAGCGGAGGCAACCAAGGCAGCUGGCUGAGCCCACCACCAGCUGCUUCUGUACUUGGGGGAAAUGUGUGGUGGGGCCUGGGAUCAUUGUUGUUUUAAUACUAGAGUCUACUGAACUUAAAGGCCCAGCUUGCCUCUUUGGAGUGCAUGGUGGCCGCUGAGGGGCAGGGGCAGGAGUCCAGAGUGGGGGACAGUGAAAGAGGGUUCCUGCUGCCUCUGGGGCUCUCUUCAGCACCCCUUAGACUCCUCCCCAACCCCCAGGCACCUCCCAGAGCUCGUCCUAGCUUUGCCCACUGAGCUUCUCCAGUUCCACUCCUUCCUAGGAACUCUGUGGUAGAGCUGGGCUUUCCUGGGAUUCUGAUGGGAUCCUACAGAUCUGGUGGCUGCAGCCUCCAUUUAGAUGCUGUCAUCACACACCCAUCCUGCCCCCAGGACCCUGGAACCUACUUGUGUGUGGUUUGUGCAUUGACCCAUUGCUCCCUUCAACAAGCAUUUAUUAAACACCUACUUUGUAUUCAUGCUAGUUGUUAGACAUGCAAAGAGAAGGACAGUUCUCAUCCUCCAGGAACUCAUAGGUUAAGCUUCAUAAUAAAAUAUACUA